GCUUUCCUCUCGGCAGCGGCGCGCCGCCGUGCGCGCACGGAUUGAACGGCGGCCGUUGCCAUGGCGACGCGAGGGCCCAAUGGGAAGCUCGCGCCGGACUGUUGGUGAAUGGAAAUAACAGAGGCCAUCUUGCACGCGGAGCUACGGCGUCGUUUAAUAUUAAUUAAAGCGGAAACCGGGGGGACGGGAGGGGGCGGCAGGUUCCGGGGGGACCGCGCUGCGACGUUCGCUUGUAGUAAACGGAUUAAAAAAAACAACAAAAAAAAACGAGACACGUUGUGACUAACUCGUUUCCGCGCGCCGCGUCUUCUUUCCCCCGCAUUGCUCUACCAGCCCUCAGCAACACCCCCCACCACCCCACCCUCACCCCACCCGGGACGGAGGGACUUGUCUUAACAGCUAGCGGACGACCGGACAACAAAAAAACAGCGGGGCGAACGGAACAGGUGUACGGCCCCAUCACGCGGACAGCUCCCGCGGGUGGUGUCCUACGGUCGAGGACGUCCCGUCUUCCACCCGUGGAGGAGGCCGGUUACCGGGCGAUGUGUCGCUCGAGUGAGGCGGCGGUUGCUGUGCGGCAUUAAACGGGGUAAGAUCUGGGAAUAAAGCUUGAGCCGGCGGAGAGACUCGUCCUGAGCGGAGGGUAGAAGAGAAGGGAGGGAGGAGAAGGCGCGUGGGCUCGCAGCUCACCUGCACAACUGGACUCUUCUUAGCAAGUCUCCGGCCUUUUGGUUUUAUGACGGAAAGUGUGUGUCCCUGCAGUAGAACAGUAAGAAGUGCUCUCCAAUAUGAAUACAGAUAGCGGAGGAUGCUCUCGCAAAAGCUCGGCCUUGUCGCUCACGCUCUCUCCCAUGAAGAGGGUCCAGAGCUCGCCAAAUCUGGGCUCAGGGAGUGAUUCUCACUCAUCAGACUUGGAUUCUUGGCGGUCGCGCAGUGCAACAGAUGGCCUUAAGAAUGGAGACGCCAGCAGCUCAUCUCUUGCUGCCAAAGGUUUCCGCAGUGUCAGACCCAACCUGCAGGACAAAAAGUCACCAACGCAGGAAAUCAAUCAUGUGCCAUUGCCGCCCCCCAGAAGAGAGAGUUUCCACUUCUCUCCCACGGGCACUAAUCCGCCAGGCUACGGCUCCCUUGUCGCGCGGGCGAAUGAUUUUAUCCCACGGACGCUAACGUUCACGCAGAAUGAGAAGGGCGAGUCCCUCACUGUCCGCAGCACGUCCUCCUACUCUUACUCAGAGAGCACAAACUCAGUCCAACAUUCACACCAGUCCCCUCUCCUGGAUGCCAUUAGCAGCUGUACUGCACCCGCCCCCACUAAUUCACAGGCCCAGGAGAGAAAGGUGUCGGCCCUCAAACUAACCCCUGUCACCAUCCCGGACCCCCCGGCUCACACACAACGACCCAAGACCCGGACCCCGGGUUCCCCUCCGCUUACUCACCCACCUCCGCGAGGGGGUCCCACCGCGUCCCAACCCCUGACACAGCCGGCGUCGCCCGCGGGGCGCUCGGGCCCGGAGAGCCUCGAACCUUCAGGCGACACAGCGGCGCUCGAGGGCCCGGAUCGAGCCCCCGGUGAAGCCAAGAGCCCGGCGCCAGCCCAGGUGGAGAUAACCAAGGCUCCUCCUGCACUUCCACCGAGACCUUCUCCGGCAGUGCUGUUGGGCCAGGUCCUCUCUCACGCUAUGAAUGGAAGUGCUCCUCAGAGGCCCCUCUCUCCUCUCUCCUAUCCUCCGCCCCCCACCUCCCUCCACCCGACGCUCCAGAGACACAGCCGAGGUUCAGAGGGCAGCGAGUCCCUUGCCAGAGAGUCCGUGGUUCUGGGCCACACCAGCGUCAGCGGCAUGGUGCCCAUCGCUCGCUUCUCCGAGGAGGAGAAGAGGGUGUCGGUCAUCAAAGCCCCGCACUACGAAGGCAUCGGCCCUGUGGACGACUCCGGCAUCCCCAUCGCCAUCCGCACGACGGUGGAUAGGCCGAAGGAUUGGUACAAAACUAUGUUCAAGCAGAUCCACAAGGUUCACAAAGCCGAUGAUGACUAUUCUGACACAUACAACGCAACGUAUGCGGUCAUAAACAGCGAUGACUACAGCCUCUCAUCCAACCCCACCAUGGCCCACCCCGCUCCCCGGACACACACGUACAGGCCGCUGGCCAAAGGCCCCUCGGACAACGGAGGGCGUCUGGGCCCCCGUGAGCCUCCGCCGUCCCCUGUGCCCCCCCCACCUCCGCCCAUGCCAUCCCUCCUCCAGCUGAGGGCCAGAGACAGCGAUCGCGAGAGAGACUCGCCUGACGCGAACGAAUGGGGUCCUCCCAACAGGAAGGUGGACACGCGGAAGUACCGCGCCGAGCCCAAGAGUAUUUUUGAGUAUGAGCCCGGAAGGUCUUCCAUUUUGGAGCAUGAAAGACCAACCUAUGAUGACAUAGAUUUAGAGAACGAGCCUUGGUAUAAGUUCUUUUCCGAGUUGGAGUUUGGGCGGCCGCCUCCUAAAAAACGGCUGGAUUAUAAUCCAGACAUCUCCGCUCGUCAACGUAUUGAGACAUCCCUGCACAUCGCUCCUGCUGACAAGGCUCCCGAGAGGCCGGCGAGUGCUGCGAGCGACUACAGGAAGAGGAGGAAGUCCGAGCCCACAAGUUCCCAAGUCAAUGCUCAGUCUCAGAGCAGAGCUGCAACCUCCCCUAAACCAGUGGAUGCCUACAGACCCAGCAGCAGCCUAAAGAAACCAGUGGUUCAUUCCUCACCAUCCUCGCCCUCCAGAGCCAAAGGUGGGGCCGCAUGUAACAUGUAUUCAAACAGCUUGACCUCCCCAGUGCCUCAGCAACGCCCCGAUCUCCCCCCUUUACCCUCUGACCCCGUCCAUUGCCACGAGGAGGCCAGCCUAGAAAGCGGCUCCGCCUCUAAUCAGUCCGUCUGCGGUAAGAACAGCUGGCAGACGAAAUGCCAGGACGCCGAGACGUGGAGCAGCGCAGAUGAGGUACCGCCGGUCCCCGGCAAGCUCAAGUCACGCAGCUGCGAUGACUUACUCAACGAUGGGCAUUCCGGCUCAGGCGGGCGCAACGCCACCCGCUCAGAAAGUGCCGGGUCCCUCGUCUGCGACGGGAAUCCCCCGAGCUCUGCCGGGUCCAUCUCCACCAGCUCGCUGCCUCGCCUCCACCGCCGACGCGCGCACGACUCACCGGGCUUCCUCCAGCUCUAUCGCAAGAUGCACCAGAUCGACCGAGCUCACCUCAUCCCGUCGGAAGUCAUCCGCUCGGUCCGCGCUCGCAUCCUGGAGCUGGAGCGCCAGCCCCACCUGCAUCGCCAUCGCCUCUCACCCUGGACGCCGUCCUGGGGCAUGGAGGUGCCGCGCGACAUGGUGCCGAGCCGCAUUUCUACAUACGAGAGUCUCAUUUCAAAGUCCAAAUCCAUGCCCAACUUGGGCGAUACCGAGGUGCCUUCAGGCGCCACCACCCCAGGUGGAUCGUCGUCUCGAGCCAGCAGCGGGGGCGUCGCCACGCCCAGUUUUCCGAAGCGCCGUUUUUCCAUCGAGUCUCUAUUGGAGGAGGACGGCAACGGCGGAGCAGUACCUCACGCCAUGGACCACCGGCACCGACCCCGCAGCCCGCCCGAGGGUCAGCCUCGAGUCGGGCCGGAGCCCAGCCGCGUGCGUUCCUUCCCCGCUCCUCCCGUCCCUCAAGGCCCGCGAGCCAACCACGACUACUCUGACAGCGAGCAAGACGCCGUCGCGUCCGACCUCAGCGACUUCAUCCAGGUGGAGGGCUCCUCCUUCUGCAGCGAGAGUGACUUCGACCACUGCUCGCUGACCUCGUCCGAGAGCCUGUACGGCUCCUCCAACCUUCACCACCACCACCUCCGUCAUCAGCAGCACCACCAUCACCUCCACCACCACCACCCUGCUCACCAAAGUUUAGGCCAGAGCCAGGGCUACCAACACCGCCACCUCAUCAGCUCGUGCAAAGGCCGCUGCCCGGCCUCUUACACCCGCUUCACCACCAUGCUUCGCCACGAGAGAGAGCGAGCGCGCCAGCAGCUCCAGAGACCCUCGCAGCAGAGCGCCGGCAGCCGCUCCCAAAUCCAGAGCUCCCAGUCCCAGCAGUCGAUGUCCAAGCUGGCCUUCCUGGUCAGCCCAGUGCCUUUCCGCAGGAAAAAGGGCUCCCCGCCCACCUCCAGAAGAAGCAGUGGCGGCGCAGAGCGAGGAGGCAGACCCAAGUCCAAACAGGCCAUUUACGAAGCGCUAGACGCGGCCCUCAGAGACAUUUACGAGCACAUUCAAGCGGAGCGAGGCCACAGAGGAAGCAGGGCUCCCGACGACAGCAUCCUGAGGAGAAUACUCGCCGAACUGCUGCCAAACGUGCCUGAGCGAAGCUCCUCGCUGCGUGGGAGGAGGGGGUGUUGGCAAGGGGGUCAGUCCUCCACAUCUUUGUACCCUGAUGGGAGCCCCACAGAAUACGCUUCGCACAGAGGGGACCCCUCCACGCCGCGGCUACAGUCACCGCUCGGCUACGGACGCCACUCGGACAGCUCAAACAAUAACGAAUAUGCAGAGGAGCAGGGCAAUGGAAAUGACCAGGAUGUCUCCAGGUGUUAUUCCACCAUGGACGGACGCCACACACCCCAGAGCAGAAGGCCCGCGACUGACCGAGAGGUCUCCCAUAAACAGAUGACACAACUUAUUCUGUUCUCUCUCCUCCAUCAGAAACAGCCUGCGAGAGCCAUUUAUGAUUUUAAGGCACAAACGGCUAAGGAGCUGACUUUUAAGAAGGGUGAUGCGGUGAACAUCAUCCGGCAGAUAGACAACAACUGGUAUGAAGGAGAGCACCGCGGGCAGGUUGGGAUCUUACCCAUUUCCUACGUGGAGAGGAUGCCGUCGUCAGAGAAGCAGCAGCCGAUUCGUCCUCCUCCGCCCGCACACGUCAGAGAGAUUGGAGAGGGAGUGGCUCGCUACAACUUCAAUGCUGACACUAAUGUGGAGCUGUCGCUGAGAAAGGGCGAGAGAGUGGUUGUGAUAAGGCAGGUGGACCAGAACUGGUACGAGGGGAGGAUCCCGGACACAAGCAAACAAGGCAUUUUUCCCGUCUCAUAUAUUGACAUCAUCAAGCGCUCCACGUCCAAGAGUUCCAGCCACCACAUAGACCCACACGGUUACCCUGGCAACAGGACACCAAGCUCUACACCCACCAAGCCUCCCUACCACCUCCCUCCACCCUCCGCCACUCGUGACCUCCCCUCCGGUCGCCCCCCGUUGAGAAGGCUUGACCUGCAAGCUAUCACCAGCGAGUGGCUGUCACUCACUUUGGAACCUUCAGCGUCCGCUCCAGCUUACCCCCCCGCGACCACGCCUGCACCGCCCACACCGCCCCCCCUCCCCGCUGGCCUCGCCUCUUUCCUGAAGGCAGAGGAACCCAAUGCCCCCUCACCUGCACAAUCAAAGAGAGAGUCUGCCCUGACGCACCAGAGAUUUUCCAUAACUCCUGCAGGGAGACUUGCUUUAGGCCACACCCCUUUCUCUCCUCUUCCUCCCCCCCCUCCGGUUCCACAUCCCCCCUUUUCCUCUCCACUGCCUGACUCUUUAUUGCAAUACAACAGUGGCAAAGCUCAACCAUUACACAUUUUGCAGCCUGAGAUUUUGUCCCUCACAAUGCCAGAGCCACUAACCUCCCCCGCACGAGCUCCUCUGCAGGACAAGUCGUAUUUGGAAGUGGACAAAAGCAGCAAAGUCCCCGAUGUCAAGCUGCAGCGAUUGGUGCAGGAUGCUCUCCAGGGUGGAGGAGAUCCGUACCAGGCCGUGUACAACUACCUGCCUCGCAACGAGGACGAGCUGGAGCUGAAGGAGGGCGACGUUGUAGAUGUGAUGGAGAAGUGUGACGAUGGCUGGUUCGUUGGGACGUCUCGACACAGCAAGUUGUUUGGAACCUUCCCAGGAAACUACGUGAAACAGCUAUAAUGAUGAUUCCAGCCCCGGCUCCGCCCUCCUUCCCCCCGGCUCCGCCCCUUUCUGUGACAACUUGUUCGCCCUCAGCACAGCAGCAGCAGGACGCCACCGCACCAGAGACCUGCCGCACGUCUAUGUGUGUGUGUGUGUGGAUCGUCAGCUUCACGCAGACACAACCUUGAGCUCUAACUAGCCAUCUUUAACGGAAGACUUCUUUCAAAUAAUGUUGUUGUUUUUUUGGGGGGGUUUCUAUCAUGGAGAACCCAAACUUUGUGCCGGAGUCAGCGACCGUUAUCUUCGGCCUGUGAUGGAAGCAGAUCCAAGGAACUUUGCAAGCAGUCGAUGAUAGAAAACACGCUUUUAUUUCUACUAAAGGGCAGUAAUUAAAUAGUCAUCACCACGAUCACCUUUUAUUUUUAUAUUCAGUUUAUUCUUAAAAACACUUGUUACAUUUCAUUUCAGUGUUCGGUUACAAAUAUCCCCAAAGGCCUUCGGUGCAGAGAGGGUCGUAGAUACCGUAUUCUGUCAGCAGGUCUGUUGCGUAGCAACUGUGUUGGAGGGCCGAAGCCAUGCAGCCGAUAUUUUAGGUUAAAGGGUGUUAAAGUCCCAGACGUCCAUGAGGAAAAGACGGCACAUGUAUCAUGUAUGAGGCUGCGUGUCGCCCAAUGUACUGAUUGGCUCAUGAGAAUGUGGUAAAUGAAAAACGAUCAUGAUUCAUCGUCCAGCAAUCAUUUCAAAUAUUGCGAACGAGUGUGAAAAGUAUCUUUGACUCUUGGCCCUGCUGUCGAAACCCGAUGUGACAGCUUCCAGGAUCAGGAAACAAAAAUGUUGGUUCUUCAUCUUCACACUAGGAUUGAUGCACUUUAACCAAACUUUUAACACAAUUUUUAGAGUUUAUUUUCCCAAAUUUCCCUCCAGAUUCCACAGCGAGUGAGGUGACCGACCUGUUAGGUAUUAUAUUUAUUAGACAAGUGCUGGUCGAAGUGUGUUACAAGACGAUUGUAGGAAGCACGGACACAUUUGGAGGCGUGUUAUUUUGUUGUCAUCGUGCAGAAAGUUCCACUAACAACACAACACUUCUCUCCGGGUGUCACAGUGUUUUAUGUUGCGUUAUUUAAGUCAAUGCAGGAUGGGAUGAGACUUUAUCAAACACGUGCGUCAUGUGACUGCAGUCUCCGUACUAGACUUUGGUGGUGUCUUUGAGCCGUGCUGUCAGCGUGCUUCACUGCUUCAUGUUACACGCUACGAGUAUCCGUCCUCUUAACCCGUCAUGCUCAGUGAACAUGAUUUGUGUUUUCAUGUUUUUCAUCAUCAUGUGCUUCACAUCGGAUGGACACUGAAAACAAAAACACUGUUGUUAAAGCACCUUAAGAUGUAUUUUGUUUUAUCAUUCACCGUCCUUCACGUCAUCCACGACUCCAGUAGGUGUGAGGACACUUUGUGUGUGUGUGUGUGUGUGUGUGCGUGUGUGUGUCUGUGGUGUUUUUGUAAGCCUUUUGUAUGAGAGCUGUAUAAUGGCCAACAUCCACUUGCUUUAUAAAGUCAGCAUUUUCUCACCCAGCAUCAUA